CGUGCUGAUAUAUAAACAUGCAGACGCCUCAACCUUGAUUUUCCACCGCUCUCAGUUCCGGUGAUCGAUCCUCUCCCUCACUUACAAUGUUGUCCAACUCGAUCCCGAGAGUAGCAGGGGGUGCCUCUUCCGUCCUCCUGGCACAUCGCCGGCAGGCGGCUAGCGGCCACGCGCUCCCUGCUGCGGUUUCGGCGCCGUCCCUGUCGAAGUUUCGUCAGCGACGAACGAGCCAUCUCUGCCUCGCCUCCGCCGCCCGUGCUGAAGAGCACGGUUCCUCCCACGGAGAACUGUUCGCUCGCGGCCGUCAUGGCGCUCCUCGCCUCUACCCGAUAUGCGCGAGGAGGACAAGGACGAUGAUCUCAUCCUGUUUAGCAUAUACUGAGAAGAUUUUGGUAGAAGAAAAUGUGAGCAUGCAAAAGAAGGAAAGGGUGGCUAGAAUAAAGAAAGAGCUCCAAGAGCAUCAAUGGUUACCAUCCCCAUACGACACAGCAUGGGUGGCAAUGGUGCCCUCGCAAGGUAUCCCUCAGGCUCCAUGCUUCCCUCAGUGUGUUGAAUGGAUAUUGCAAAACCAACAGGAUAAUGGAUCUUGGGGUAUCAGAAAAUAUGACUCGUCAAACGACAAGUGUAGUCUCUUAUCCACAUUGGCAUGCAUUCUUGCACUUAAGAAAUGGAAUGUUGGUCCCGAGCACAUCAGCAGAGGUAUGAAACAUUGA